AUGUUGGGCUGUAUCUCCUCUCCUGAAAAUCCGAUGAUCCUAGUUGAGUACUGUGCAUAUGGAGAUUUGUUGCGAUUCCUUCGAAAUCAUCGCGAAUUCGUUCUCAUGCUUCAAGAUGACGUGUGCCCGAUCGAUGCCGAUAUGUGCCUUCGCAUCAAGGAUUUGGUCUCUAUCGCAUGGCAAGUCAGCGACGGUCUCACAUACCUUUCUUCAAAAAAUUUCAUUCACCGUGAUGUUGCUGCUCGUAACGUGCUCAUCACCAAGCACCUUGUCGCCAAGGUUAGUGACUUCGGUCUAGGCCGUUAUGCAGACUCGGCGCUCUAUACAGCCCGAGGAGGACGUCUCCCAUUCAAGUCCAUGGCACUGGAAGCUCUCAAAUUCUACGAAUUUUCCGAGAAAACUGACGUUUCAGAUGGGCAUUCGGCAUUCUGCUCUUCGAGAUCUUUCUCACUCGGUGACGUACCAUAUUCCACUGUGCAACCAAUGGAUAUGAUCAGCUACAUUGAACAAGGAAAUCGGCCACCACAACCGGAAAAAUGUCCGGAUGAGAUCUAUAAACUAAUGACAAGGUGUUGGAAAGCGGACCCUAACGAUCGACCAACAUUCGCUGAAAUUCGCGGUGAACUAACUAUCCUUCUCAAUAUCGACGACGAGAGCUAUGGCUAUCUGAACCUUAACCCUGAUAAGAAAUCCCGACAGAAUUCGUGA